GGAACCGGGUCUGUUUGCUGUUGGGAGUGGAGUGCCUAGAGUCUGGUAUACGUUGUGGUUCAAGCAUAUUUGCGUCAGAUUCGCGUUCAUAUUUGUCAAAUUCCCCUUCAAUCCUACCUCAACAGCUGUUGUAUCCUGCUACGACCAACAUGUCUCAAGUUCCUGGAACGCCUCUCCGUCGCUCUACACGCCUUUCCGUUGCCCGUUCAGUUGUUACUUCCGUCGCCGAGACCACUGCCACUCAGUCUCGCGCUGCUACUAACCGCCGCAAGGGCCCCUUACCCAAGGUCCAGGCGCAACAAUCCCACGCUUACGGUUCCGCUGGUCGUCUAGCCACAGCUCAAGACCUGACGGUUCCUAACUCUGGUUUUGCUCAGGCCUUCGGCGCCCAGCGUGACAAUGCUGUGGCCCGCGACGAAGAGCGGCCCUCCGGCCGUGGCUCUUCACCAGCUUCUUCCAGCUCCAUUCCUAUUAUCGUGAAGCAAUAUGCCCGCGACUCCCGGUCUCCUGCUCGAGCUCCCUCACGUUCCCCACCGCUUGAGUCAAAUGACGAGUUCGAGGAAAAUGCUAACGGUAGUGGUAUUGCUGGUAGUGCCAGCCCAAGCAUUAAUAGCGGCUCACCCACUCCAUCUUAUGUCAAUACGACCAAGUCUUUCGGCAUGGUUCAUGAAGCUGGAAUGACUGCCGCGCCGGCAGUUCAACUCAACGGUACUCCUUGCGCCCUCCCCCACCCUAUCCAUGACGGCAAUGAAGACGGCAAUGCGGAUACCCACCCUCACAAGUCGUACUUCUUCCUCCUGCUGAUGACGUUCAUGCUCGGCUGCUUCGCUGUCGGUUUCCUGGCCAUUCCUGGCGUGCCAUCUAUCAACACUACCGAGUCUUCCGCUAUCAGCAUGCUUAGUGCUAUUAACUACCGUAUCGUUUACACCUGGAACGGGAUUAAAAACGCUAUCAUGCCGCAAGUUGACGGUGGGAACACUGAGCCUGGUGUCACCUAUGGCUACGACCUCUCUCACCGCGUUGCCAACGUCGAGAAAUCACUUGCUAAUCUCGAUGGUACUCUUACCCGCUUUAGCGAGUACCUGCCACCGGCCAUCGUCCUGCGUCGCAACAAAAAAGGCCACCUGGAGAUUCCGGAUGAAUUCUGGCGUGCCCUGGAAAGCAAACUCAACUCCGAGGGCCUCAAAAACCCCACAAUCACUAGUGAUGUCAAUUGGAUCGACUUCUUGUCCAAGAAUCAAGCGAAGAUCACUCAGCUGAUCCGACACGAACUCAACAAUGACACUCGCCAGUCCACCCUCGAGAUCAUCCAACGCAAAGAGUUCCUCGACCUUCUACAUCUAGAAUACACAAAGAUAUCCGACCGUGUUGAUCGGAAAAUUGCCGAAGCCAAUAAAGCCUUCUCUAAAGAGGCCAAGACUGCGGCGAGGCAAAUUGCCUCCAAAGCGUUCCUAGACCAAAUCCGCUUCGACGCUCUUGCCUAUUCCAACCUUGUCGCCAAUGCUGAAAUUAGCCUCCGCAAAGUCAACUUCUUCUCUCCUGGUCUUGGCGCUCGCGUAGAUCCGUACAAGACAUCGUCGACCUUUGUGGACUCCUCCUCUUUACAGUCUUCGACGUAUAGACGACUGUUGUCGCUUCAAAUCCGCCGUCCACCAGUCAGUGCUCUGGAGAAGUGGGACGAGCCUGGAGAGUGUUGGUGUGCGGCUCCCACUGAUGGCAAAACGGGCUUAGCGCAGCUGGCCGUCAACCUUGGUCAGAAUAUGAUCCCGAAACAGGUCACCGUCGAACACUUACCUAAAGAGGCCUCUCUCGAUGUCGGCAGUGCCCCUAAGGACAUGGAAUUGUGGGUUGAGACGGACGUCUCUGUCGAGGACCUAGGUUGCAGUGAAGGCCCUAAGGGAUGGGCUUGCCUGGGCAAAUUCAAGUACAAUGUCCACGGCUCCAACCACGUUCAAACCUUCAACCUGGACAUUGAUCUUUCUGCACCUGUAAGCAAGACCCUGGUACGGGUCACUAGCACCUGGGGUGCUUCCUAUUCUUGCCUGUACAGGCUGAGGCUUCACGGAGACAGGGCCUGAGCGGCGACUUUUGUUACUAUUUUCUUUUUUUUGGGUUUGUAUUGGGAUAUUGGGCAUUGGGAUUGGGGCUCUGCGGUGUUUUUGGAGUUCUGAUUUUCACGAGUUGUAUACCCU